AUGUUCAAGCGCUCGUUCCGUCAUCACGACGCCGUGCGCGUGGACAAGUCUGCGCGCGUUAAAAAGUCGGGCUCCGUCCGGGAUCCCAUGAAGCUUUCGAAACUGCAAAGGUCGCUCACCGAGAACGACGCCCUGCUGCACUACCCGCAGCAGGCGCAGCCAGCCUCCGCACCGUCCCCCAUCAUCACCCUGAUGGUGGGCCGCGAGGGCCGGCUCUUUGCGGCGCACGAGGAUGUGCUCCGGCAGUCGCCGUUUUUUGACGCCGCCUGCCGCUCCGCCUUCCCCGACGCGCAGAGCCGGAGGAUCUCGCUCCCCGAGGAGGAGCCCGAGGUCUUCUCCGCCGUGCUCGAGUACCUGUACAAGGGCGACUACUACCCGCAGCUGGUGCACAACGGCCAGCGCAACACGUGGGAGCUCGAGAACCACAACCGCGCCGGUGCCAGCGGGCUCCGAACGCCCGCGGCAUCUCCCAACCCCGAGGCUGGAGGUCGCGCGACCGGCGCCGCCGUCCACCUCGACAGUGUGGGGGCCGACGUGCUCCGCGACACCGUCAUCUACUGUGCCGCCGAGCGCUACGGCCUCGAGGAGCUCAAGCGCCUGGCCCUCCGCAAGCAGGGCCUGGCGGCCGGCAUCGACGUCGCCACCAUCCUGCGCUCCGCCCAGUAUGCCUACGCCCACACGCCCGACUCGGACAGCCGCCUGCGCGCCCACUACCUUGCCCUCAUUAUCCGCUGCCGCAAGACCUUUAAGCGCAGCGGCACCAUGCAGGUUGAGAUGGAGGCGGGCGGCACCAAGCUGUUUUUCGACCUCUUCGUCGCCAUGUGCAACCAUCUCGACGACGUCAUUGACGUGAACCAUGUUCGCUCCCCAAGGACCGUCUGA